AUGGCGACUUUAUCUCCCGAUGUCCGCUAUUCUACUCUCAAAUCGCUCAAGCUCACCUGCCCCUCCGCCGAAGUGAUCGAAGAACCACAAUCUGUAUCGACCAUUGAAUCGCCUGUUAUGGAGCAACAAGGCUACCCAUUCCCCGAAGUUGGAGACGAAUGGUCGGACGAGGAGGUCCUGAUCCCCAGGCAUAGACGGAAGGCGCCAUAUAUACCACCACUAAAGUUCGAGAAAGUUACCGCUACAUCAGCCGAAGACACAUCGUCUGAUGAGUCUUCAGCAUCACCUCGCCCGCACCAACUAAGCGCGACUAUCAGCCCCCUCGUACCACCGAAAAGUCCAUCGCGACCGGACGCGUCGAGGGGUAAUAGUCAAGAUGAUCUCAUACAGCGGUACUAUCAUGUCACAAAAGAACGAGAUGCGCUGAGGAAAGAGCUACAAAGGAGGAGCAUGGGUCCGCAUGGGUUACCCGCGAAACGUACGGUCCUGUACAAGUCGGAAGAAAAUACUUUGGUUGAAGAGCUCCACGCGCUGCGAUAUGAGAUCCGGAUAUGGAGCGAGGAGUAUUUUGGUGGGCCUAUCAAGGCCACGAGCAAGCGACCGCAUCUUCACAGAGCAAAGGAGCUGUUUGGGAACCUUACAGACAACUAUCAGAUGUAUCUGAAGGAUCCGGAGGAACGACCACUUCUCAUACAGGCGUACGUGUGGAUGAAGCUGCAACAGAAGAUCUUCAACAAUUGGCAGAAAGGCAGCGGAUACAUCUGGGCAGGCAAAUUGGGAGAUAGGAAGCUGCGUGAGAUCAACGACACGUUGCGCAAGGCUGUCAAGAACGAGGCCGAGGCCGAAGAGUACCACCAAUGGCGCGCCAUGACCGUAAACCUCCUGGUUCCUCAAGUAGACGGCAAAUGGCGUCCCACUUUCGAUGCUGCUCCCGUCUUAAAACGAAUAUCCCGUUUCUGCAGUCGCAUGCGUCGCAAACUGCGGCCCUGGUCUACACACUCCUUGCGUAAAGGGAAGGAACAACUGGGAACAAUCAUAUCAGCGUCUGUUGCAUUAGACUUGAAGAUGAAGCGCCAGCUUGCCGACUAUCGAUUUGUUACAUUUACUGGCGGCAAGAAGGACCAAUACUGGGGCUAUGGAUUCUAUGACAGCGAAAUGGAAGACGUAUAUGAAGAUGAUGACGAAAAUAGCAGCGGCGGGUAUGGAGUCAACGGCAGCGCAAAGGGCAGAAGAGUAGAACUGGCACUUGCGCCUGCACUCGAACGAUGCGGUAAUGCUAAUGGACAUGUCUUUGAUCAAAGUUUCAUGAUGGUAAAGGCGGAUGUGAGCUGUAAGAGACUGGAGAAGCCGAAGAAAGAGAAGAAACAACAGCCUAGGUCAAGAGGGGGUGACAGCAAGGGCUUCUCGCUGCGCACAUGGAAGUAG